AGACCGUCAAGGCGAGGACGUCCGGUGCAAGCAGCACGCGACGUUCCGGUGCUUCCGUACCUGGCUGUUUAUUUUAGUUCGUAGGCACGCGCACCGAUAUUCAGCUGGCUCACGCCGGUGAUUCGCGUGGCUAUUGUUUGAUAGAUAAGGGGUGAUAGCGGAUCACUUCUUUUAUGCUUGUCACCUUCUAUUGUGGAGUUUAGAGGAGACACGCGUCCAAGUGCAGGUUGCAUCAUGUGGCAACUCGUGCUCGCUGUCAUCGCGCUGGCCAUUGCGCAUUGGUUGAGCCAAAGAAGGAGGCAUUAUGAGUACUUCAAGAAUUUAGACAUACCUGGUCCGGAGCCCAGUAUUUUCUUCGGGAAUAUGGUCGAACUGUACCAAAAGACCCCACUUGUGGCUCACAGGGAGUGGAUUGCAAAGUACGGAAAGACACUAGGGUACUUCGACGGCUACAGGCCGGUCCUUCUGGUCGCUGACCCGGAACUCAUGAAAAUGAUCCAAAUCAAAGACUUUCAAGACUUUAUUGACAGAGGGCUCCUGUUCCAGCCGAAGCGACCUCGCGGUCCCGAACGAAAGAGCCUAAUUCAGUUGCAAGGAAAACGAUGGAAGGAAGUUCGAAGUGUCCUUACACCAUCAUUUACCUCCAACAAGCUCAGACUCAUGUCAACGGGGAUGAUCGAGAAAAUUGAGGAACUGGUCAAGAAGGUGGACGACUAUGCACGUAAGGGGGAAGAGUUUGAGGCCUCCGACAUGUACCAGGCAUUAACCCUGGACGUGAUCAGCCGUAGUGCGAUGGGCAUUGACCAGAACAUCCAGCGGAAUCCCGAAAGCAGUCUGCUGGCCAGCAGUAGAACUCUCUUCAGCGGUGGCUUCUCGCCCGCAAUUAUUCUUCACGCUUCGUUUCCUGGCUUGGACUUCCUUCUCCGGUUUCUAGUUCAGUGGCGGCUGAAGCGACUGAAUAACGGUGUCCAUCCUUUCAAGGAGGUCGUCGACAAAUGCAAGGGGAUUGUUCAAUCGCGGCAGAAGGACGCUACGCUCCACGGAAAAGAUCUUCUCCAGCUGAUGAUCGAUGCGAAGCACUCAAAGGUAGACUUUGGAAAUGUCACAUCGGAACAGCUUACGGCAGGAGACGAAGCAGAAGCGCACGAACUAAGACAGAACACAGUGACGAAUGGUCUCACGUCGUCGAAGGCGGAACUCGAUGAUGAUGAUAUCACUCAGAACGCCUUCCUGGUUCUUGUCGCUGGAUACGAAACCACGAGCAAUACUUUGACUUUGAUAACGCACAUGCUCGUCAACUAUCCCGAAGUUCAGGAGAAAAUCAGGGAAGAACUGUUCUCAGUCAUUGGAAACGAGGGGGAAAUCGACUACAGCACAACACAGAAGCUCACGUAUCUCAACUGUGUCAUCUCUGAAUGCCUUCGACUUUACCCUCCGAUAUUCUCCUUCAUCACCAGAGAAGCUGUGGUGGACAAACAAUACGGGAAGUUACGCAUCCCUACAGGAACGACGGUCAUGAUAUCGGUGGACCACGUGCACAGGGACCCUAACGUUUGGGAAGAUCCACUCAAGUUCGACCCUGACAGAUUCCUGCCAGAGAAUAAGUCCAAGAUAAGCCCAGUUGCAUGGCAGCCAUUCGGUGCGGGACCACGUAACUGCAUCGGCAUGAGAUUCGCCCAGAUGGAGCUUCGUUUGGCCAUCGCGAAACUCCUCAGGAAAUACCGUCUGCAAGCUACCGAAAAUACUGAAAAGGAUCCACCAGAGAUUGAAAUGAAUCCCUUGGUCCUCAGAAUCAAGAAAGGCGUUCAUAUAAAGGCUGUACCACUGGAAGUCGCAGAUGAGCUUUGCCUUGGUUCUGUAUAUAGGUAAUUUGCUAACGCCAAAUGUUACACAACAUUAGGAUAUCUACACAUACACGACACCUAUACAUCGUUUUUCAUCCGUAACGUACACAAUGCUGACAUUUAAAGACACACUGUGCUGGGUCACAUUUAAUGUUGUCAUUACCUGAAGUCAUCUCUGUAUAGUUCACAUGUCAUUGCAUGAAACAUUUCAGUGAGGGUUUCGUGAUCCUUCAUAUUUAUCGGCAAACAGUAUAUUAUUUAAAAUGUAUAUACCUUUCGCUGUAGAAUAUAUGUCUGUGACGUCUUGCUCUAGCAAAUAAAGCGAGUUGCUAUA